GCCGCUUGAUGUGGACCACCGUUUUUCCGCUUUCCAUCAGUACGAUUCCAACUGCUCUCGUAUGCACGCGUGUAAAAUAACCGUCGACAAUAAAAUUAAUUAGUCAUUCAAAUCACGGACAAAAGUCGAUUGUACGAUAUUAUAACGAACGAUUUCGAUAAAUAAACGACCGCCGUUUCCGUACACGUAGCCGAGUGAUAUCGACAUCCAGCCGUUAGAUCAGUAUCGUUUCGCACGGCCAGGCGCAAAAAUGUUCGGUUUUUUUUCUUAAUUUGUUUUGCAUUCGCUGAUCUAUGAAGGAAACAUGAAACAGUGGGUGGACACAAAUAGUACGAUAAGAAAUAUGAUGAUGGGAGAAGAUGAAUUGCACCCACUGGUCAAUUGUCAUGGUCCUACUGAUAACCGACAAUCGGACGUUCGAAUGGAAAUCGCAUCGAUAAAGUCCACCUUGGUAGUCGGCAUAACAUCCGGGUCAAGUUGGAAUAAUCGACAAAGAUGCAGAAAUAACAAGUGGCGGCUGUCUAUGUUUACUGUUUAGUGUUUUGACUCAAAUCGUGUCGUCCGUGGAUGCACAAUGUGAACAUAAUUCAUUGUUUCCAAUAAUCUGGCCAAACGAAAUUUAUUGUAUGGUUAAGGGUGAAUUCAUCAUACCGUACACAGCAGUCGAAAACAACCUAAUGACGGUCUUCGACGAAUUUUGAUCCGGCGGCCGGUCCACAAGCCCGCGACGAGUAUCAUAUGGCCCUGCUCGGAGCACUUGCGGCCACCGGCAGUAGACGCCAGGGCUGUGUGCUGCGGGUGGCGGCCGACGCGAUAACGUUCUACUGCGGUGGUGACGUCGUAAGUGGCGGCGGUGACAGUGGCGGCAGUGACGGCGGCAGUGGCGGCGACGGUGCCGCUGAAUAUUACCCGGCCACAGCGGCGUCCGGCCGGUUGUCUGCCACCGGCGACCGAUUCGGCGACUACUUCCGGCGGCCCGUCCGGUCCGUGGCCAUCGGCGACGACGGUUCCGGCGCCGGCGGUUACUACUAUGGCACCGAGAACGGUUCGUCAGCGGCCGCCGUCCUGGCCAACGCGACGGCAGGCGUGGAACCGUUCCUGAACGGUUCGUACAAUCACACGCUUGGCGCCGAGGUUGAAGACCUCACCAACUACAUAUUCGUCAUCUCCAUCGGCAUAAUACUGGGUGCGAUGAUUCUGACGACCAUUUGUGGUAACGCGUUGGUGAUUGCAGCAAUUUUGUUGGAGAGGAAUUUACAAAACGUGGCCAACUAUCUCAUUGUUUCGUUAGCGGUCGCCGAUUUAAUGGUAGCAUGUUUAGUCAUGCCCUUAGGAGCUGUUUAUGAGAUAAGCAGAGGAUGGAUCUUAGGUCCAGAACUAUGUGAUAUGUGGACUUCAAGUGAUGUACUAUGUUGUACAGCUUCGAUACUUCAUCUCGUUGCAAUAGCUGUUGAUAGAUAUUGGGCUGUUACUAAUGUUGAUUAUAUCCACACGAGAAACGGUCGAAGAAUAGUGGGCAUGAUUAUUGUGGUGUGGUUUGUAGCGCUAGUCGUGUCAUUGGCUCCACAGUUUGGCUGGAAAGACCCGGAUUACCUGGACCGUAUUAAUAUCCAACAGCGAUGUAUGGUCAGUCAAGACAUUGGCUAUCAGAUAUUUGCCACAUGUUCAACGUUUUACUUGCCUCUACUGGUCAUCCUAUUUCUUUAUUGGAAGAUAUUUAAGAUAGCCAGGAGAAGGAUUCGCAGAAGAAGAGCUCAAAGAAACGCAAUGCUAGAACAUUCGAGGUUGAAAAAGCCGGCGGACGACGCUGCCGCCUCGGCCGAGCCCAAAAAAUGCGGUUUCUUCCGGAAGGCCGUUUUCCUGCGGAUCAAAAAGAAGAAGGAAGUGGAAGAGACAGCCGUGUGCUCAAGCAUCGGUCUGAUCGACGGCCAUUCGAGCUGUUCGAUGCCCGAGUCGUCGCAGGACGGCGGCGGGGGUGGCGGUGGCGGGCAGUCAAAGGCGGGCAACGGCAGCGGAAGCGGUGGAGGAAGCGUGGGCGGAAGUGGUGGCGAAGACAAGACCACCGCGUUCACGAUCACUACGAACCACGAUCAUGGGGCCACGUCGGCGGCACACCAUCACCACCACCACCACCAUCAACACCACCAACACCAGCACCAAAAUCAGCUCCAGCCCCCGGUGAUCGAGGACGACGGACCCACCAUCACGGACCCGUCGGCCGGCCGGCACACGGUCAUCGAGAUGAACGUGAAUAGGGUGUGCGUUCCGGCGCCCGCUCGGGUGAAGACGAAGCGCGAGAAGAAGGAGUCACUGGAGGCGAAACGCGAACGAAAAGCGGCCAAGACAUUGGCCAUCAUCACUGGGGCGUUCGUCGUGUGUUGGCUGCCAUUCUUCAUCAUGGCCCUGGUCAUGCCCCUGUGCCAGGGGUGUGUGAUCAACGAGUACGUGUCCAGCUUCUUCCUGUGGCUGGGCUACUUCAACUCCACCCUGAACCCGAUCAUCUACACCGUUUUCAGUCCCGAGUUCCGGUUGGCUUUCACCAAAAUGAUUUGCGGCACCACGUAUAGGAGAUAAUGAAAUGCGCACAACAUUAUUAUACAUAAUAUCCAUUAUUAUUAUUAUUAUUAAUAUUAUUAUUAUUACAUACACAAUACGUCAAUGCGUAUAUUAUAAUAUAUUUAAUAUCCGACGCCUUAUUAUUAUAUUGUUGUAAUUUAUGAGUAUUUCGCGUUUUUUGUGUGUUGUGAAUGUGUAGGUAUAAGUUUUGUGUAUUAUUGCGUUUGUGCGUGUGUGUGUGUGUGUGUGUGUUUGUGUGUAUGAGUGUUUAAACGAUUGGCAAUGCGGUCAUCGGUCUUUGCGAGGCCCACAAUGUCCACAGAUGGUGGCCGAGAUUUACGAGAUUCAUUGUGACCGGGUCCGAAGCAUAAUGCCUUUGUAGGGUGUCGUAAAAUUCGUAGACCAAUAUUUCAGUCAAUAAUACACACACGCUCGCCGACCAUAGCUCGCUUCGCUCGAGUGUUAUGUCCGUGUUUUAAUCCUUUCAAAACCAUUAUUAUCAUUAUUAUUAUUAUUAUUAUUAUUAUUAUUAUAUUUUACGGUAAGAAACGACAAGAUAUUAUUAUUUACACCAUUGUUUCGCCGUGUUUUAAUAUAGCCAUUGUCACGGCCCAUAACACAUAUAUAUUCGAUAAUGUCGGUAGAAAACUUCGUCCCGUUUAAAGACCGCAACGAAAUUAUGUAUCAAAAACUUAGGCUUUGUUUAUUUUAUUUUCGCUUAACCCCGUUUAAAACAAUUUCCGUAUAAAUAUUAUACAUUUUCAAUCUGAAUUCUCUUUAAAUGGACUUCAGAAAGUGAAAUUCUGAAGUCAGGUUGCUUUAACAAUCACUUAACAUUUAAUGAAUGAGUGGCAAGCGUGCCCGCAGGAUAAAAUCCCAACCAGUGCAAGGUAUAAGAAUUACUUACAAUGUCAUACUCGUUAAAGUGAUUAAAGUACCUCAUGCAGUUGAAAAUUUCCAGCAGGGAUGGCCCCUUUGCCCCCCUCUGCGGGCGCCAUUGAUGAGUAGUGAGCUAAUACUCCCUUAAACAUAAUCCGAUGGCCGGUGAUUGGACAGUUCAAUUUUAGUGAAUCAUUAAAUCAAAUCAAAUUAAACAAUUAUGCAACCCGGUAUUAGUAUUUUGAUAAUAUAUUAUCAAUAUAGGUAAGCCGUUAUUCUAAUUCACAGGUGACGAAACGGGAUAAUUUUUUUUUAUUAUUAUUUUGAUAUACUUUUGCUACUGCUACUGCUGCUGCUGCCGCUGCUGCUACUGCUGGAAAUUUGAGUCGGCCGGUUCGACUACUAUUUCGUUAUUAAAUUGUUUAAAUUAUAGUUACAUAGGCUUUAAAUACUCGCCAAGUGCGUUUUACUGUUAAACUAUAUAUAAUUAUUAUAUAUCCAUAUUUAAUGGAAAAUCAUAUAUGAAUGGAUUGUGUAAAUAUAAUUAAUUAAAUUUGCUACUAUAGCUUGUCAUUUUUUCAUAAAAAAAAAAAAAUUGUGCAAUGUAAUGUUUAAGGAAAAUUUACAAAUAUGUGGUUAGUCAAAACGGAUAUAGUAAGAAAGAAUGUUCAACAGUAAGAUAAGUAAGUUGUUAUUUGCUCAGCAUAUACUUUAAAAUUUCUUAUUUACUGUAUAAAUUAUAGAGUUUUAUUUAUGAGUUACUUCCGAUCAUACCGAUUUAAUAUUAUUUUGAAAUGUUUUUCUGAUUGUAAUAUAUAAUUAAAUUAUAUUGUAUUAAGUGUAAAGAAAUAAAUAAUCGACUUGACUUAAGCCGUUUUGACCACCUACGCUGUAACAUAGACUCAAUUGUAAAGAUUCUUGACGUUUAAUUAUCUAUACUAAUCAUUUUUCAAAUAUUGUGUUGAUUAUAUCGGAUACCCUCUAGUGGUAAAUUGUUAAACUGCUCUAAACUGUUUUGGUUUCUAGUCGGAAGUUAUCAUUUUUAAAUUGCUAUUUCAGUUUGGAGCAAUUAAAUUGUGUUAUAAGUUUAUAUAAUACAUAUUAUCAUUGUUAUUAUUAAGUUCAAUAUUCAAAUAAAUAGUAGGCGCAUACACCUACUGAUACUGAAAACCCUA